AAAGUUUUGAAAUAUUCUCCGGGAUCGGUAGCGUUACGAUGCAUUUUCCAAAUCAUCCCGAUCGUCAUCUCGCUUUCUCUUUCUACGCGAAAAGCAAUGCGUCUUUCGACAGGCAAGUUUUCCUUAACCAAGCCUCGUAAAUCCGGUUUGCGUGAAUCGUUUUAAAACUUGUAUAACUCCUAGAAAAGUUCUCUGCAACUGCAGGAAGCAAAAGUUUGCGCACACAUCGCAUUUUACGUAAUAGUAUUCUUUGUUAAUCGAGGGAGAAGUAAGAGACAAUAUAUGUAUUCCUCUGUUCGUGAUUUGUGCCGCAAUCGUUAAAUUCGAUUUUGCAAAUACCUAAUUAAAAGAUACGCGCGUAGUUUGUUUAGAGGAUGUCGCAAUUGUGGAAAUUCAAUAAUAAUUGGAUAUUUUUGUUAGUCGUAAGUAGUAAACCGAUCGGAAGAUGAAACUAAGCGUAAAAAUAAAUGCGUUCGUCUCCCACGAUCUUCGGUAGAAGUUGCAUGCGAUGCACAUGUGUGUUACGUACGAUACGAAAGAAAAAGUGCCAUGAUUUCUGUUGUUUAGUAGCAACAAAAAAUUGCUUCAGUUUCGAGGAAAUAAAGGAAAACCGAACUUGCUGUUUGCGUAAUUAAAUUGUAUCACUAAAUACAAUGACUCAGAAUCGAUAAAAUAUCGAUCAAUUUACACUUAUAUCGCAAUAUAUUACGUGAGUGUUGACAUAUAGUCGGUCUUAAUUGAUAUAUUAAAAGCAAAAAGUAACAAGUUACAUGUACUUGUAAAUCGAUCUAUUUAUCUGCGAGAUAUAUAAUCUUGCGAGACAUGCAGCACGUAAUUCAGAAAUCUUCCGUUUCUACAAAAAAUCUUCGAUAUCCUAAUCUUUACUAGCUUCUUAAUCUAUAAAUAUUGUUUAAACGUGAACGAUACGAUGUCUAACUCAAUAUGUUAUAUGGUAUAAUAUAGAUUUGAUCAAAUUAAAUUAGAUUUAAGUAAGAUUGAAAUAAUUAUAUUAAACGGAAUUUAAAAAACGAUUUAGUUGUGAUUUUAUGAUAUAGUGUAUAUAAGUUGUGUAUGUUCUUACAGACGAAAGAAAAACCUGAGAACCGAAACGGUAUAGAACGGUACUUAGGAUUUUAAUGGACCGAUUAAAGCAAUACGCUCGCUCGAAGAAUAGGAUUUAAUUGGAUUAAUUACAACGAGAUAUGUAUUUGAGCGAUAUAUCGGUACAUUCUCUUAUCUUUGUUUCAAAUUGCUCUUUUCAUUGAGAUUCCAAUCAAAAUCGGAUUAAAAGUUGUACGAGAUCCAGAUGUGAGAAAAACUGAAGUUAACCGAUAAUGUAAUUUAUCCGUGAUUUCGCUUACGUAGGCGAUAACCUAUCUAAUUUAAGCGUAAAAAUACAUAUAAAUGUCGUGUGGACGACCGAUUUCAUUCUAUACACGGAAAGAGUGCAGUGAACCUUUCUACAUACCGCUCAGUGGUGAUACCGACCUCUAAUUGGAUAAAAUGCGAGCGUACGUGCUGCUCUCGCUCCUGGUGCAAUUGGCAUUCGCGUUUCGACUCCCAUUUCCGUUUCAGGCUAGUCUAUUGGAUACGAGCAAUGGAACAUCGUGUUGCUCCUGCAGCUUCAAAGACACGUCGUAUAUGGCGUCCAAGUGCGGCGUGAAAACAUCUUUCAUGAGCUUGGUUGAGAAAAUAAUCGCGUCCACGUGCGACGUGUCAGAUCCUUGCCACAGACUCGGCAAAGAGGAAGUGCCCAACGAAUGGUUCGACUUUAUCGUGGUCGGCGGCGGAGUAGCCGGACCUGUAAUUGCCAGGAGAUUGAGCGACAAUCCCUGGUGGAGGGUUCUGCUGAUCGAAGCAGGGCCGGAAGAACCGUCGAUGACUUCUAUUCCUGGACUCGCGGUUCACGCUGUCAAUUCGACUUUGGAUUGGAAUUUCAAAACGGAGCCGACAGAGCCCCAUCCGACCGCGUGUCUAGAAACCGACGGAGUGUGCACUUGGCCGCGAGGGAAGAUGAUGUCCGGUACCGCCGGCAUGUACGGAAUGAUGUACGUACGAGGACAUCCGGAAGUAUACAACAGUUGGGCUCGGGCAGGUGCCACAGGUUGGUCCUACGACGAAGUCGCCCACUACUUCGAACGCGCCGAAGAUCCAAUAGAUCCGUCGAUAUUAUCCGACAAACCUAGAACCGUUCCCGUACCAGGUCCGAUGAAGAUUCGAUUUUAUCCCCAUAAGCCAGCGUUCGCCGACGAACUUCUGAAAGCUGCGGCCGAGCUGGGUUACAGAACGUCGAAUUUGAAAGAAUACAGCCAGACAGGCUUCAUGGUGGCUCCCAUGACGACCGACAAUGGCGUACGAGGCACGACAUCGAGAAAUUACUUGAGAUCGGCAUACGGUAAAAACAAUCUGAGGGUGUUGAUCAACGCCCAGGUGACGAAGAUUCUAACGAAUCAGUGGCAGAGCAAAGCGUACGGCGUCGAACUGAUCGACAAAGAUGGAUACAAGAGGAUCGUGAAAGCUAACAAAGAAGUUAUUCUAGCGGCUGGAGCGAUUGGCUCCCCUCACAUUUUAUUGAACUCCGGGAUAGGACCGAAGGAGCAUUUAACCAAAUUAGGCAUGAACGUGAUCAAGGACCUGCCUGUAGGAAAGAAUCUUCACAAUCACGUGUCGGUUGCGGUUCUAUUCAGUAUUAAGGAUACCGCGUACGAAUCUAUGAACAUGAACAGCGUCAACGAAUACUUGGAGACCAGAACCGGUCCGUUGAGCAGUACCGGAUUGACCCAAGUGACGGCGUUCCUCGAGAGCAGCUACGCCGCUAGCGGAGUGCCCGAUAUCCAGAUGUUCUUCGACGGAUUCGCGCCAAACUGUCCAAGGACCGGACUCGAAUUCGAGUGCUUGAACGGCGCGCUUGGCUUAUGCUCGGACAGAAGGCAAAUCGUGGUCAGACCGACGGCUGUUACCGUGGAGAGCAGGGGAUACAUGAAGCUGCGUUCCGGCGAUCCGAUCGCACCACCUUUGAUUUACCCCAACUACUUUACCGACACGAAGGACUUGAAGGUGUUGGUCGAGGGUAUUAGGAAGGCCAUCGAGCUCACCAACACGCGGACUAUGAAACAAUGGGAUUUUCGAUUGGAACCUAUCGUUCAUCCCCUCUGCACCAACUAUCACUUCGCCACUGACGCGUACUGGGAAUGCUACGUGAGAGCGGCGACUGGACCGGAGAAUCAUCAGUCGGGGACAUGCAAAGUAGGCGCGUACGACGACCCAACGGCCGUCGUCGAUCCGGAGCUACGAGUACGUGGGAUAUCGAACAUUCGAGUCGCGGACGCCUCUGUGUUUCCGAUCGUGCCAAACAGUAAUCCCAUCGCAGCGAUCAUGAUGAUCGCGGAAAAGGCGGCUGACAUGAUCACGCAUACAUGGUCGAAGAUGUGAGAACUGGAAGAUGAGUCGGAAAAGGUCGACGCCAUGCUUCUUUAUACUCGAUUCUCCUGUCGUAUGGUUUUCCGCGCGAUGUCUCGUUCGUUGCAAAACAUUCUUAUGCGAGUGCUACCUUUCCAGAAGAUACCAACGAUGAAUAUGUUCCUUACCGGACAUUGCUCGCGUCACCGCGAUGCAAUCUUUAAAUCGCUUCAAUUUGGUCAAGAUUGGAUUUGAGAAAUUUUUAAGCCAACUUUAAAAGAUGCGACGUAUUAUCUAAUACGCUUGUGUGCCAUAUAUGACAGGACGAGUAACGACGAGUUUAUCGUUUUCAAAUAAUCAAUGUGCAACUAUUACUCUGUAUAUAACGACAAGCGAAUAGUUUAUGAUCAGUGUGGAGCGAUGCAAAUAUUUGUAGAACAGACUCGAGUUCAUCUUGCGGGCAAUUUUUCAAAUAUGAUAAUUCAAAUAUAUCUUUUACUUGAUA